AGUCAAUUCUUCGUUCGCAAAAAAGACCAGAAGCUUCUCUCUCAGAGUCGCAGAGUCGCUGAUAGGGUUUUUGGUGGGUCUGCCAUUGUUGCUUCUUCUUUGAGCUAGCGCUAUGCCUCGGUAUUAUUGUGACUAUUGUGAUACAUAUCUGACACAUGAUUCUCCAUCUGUGAGGAAACAACACAAUGCAGGCUACAAACAUAAGGCAAAUGUGCGAUCAUACUAUCAGCAAUUUGAGGAGCAACAAACCCAAAGUUUAAUUGACCAGAGGAUCAAAGAACAUCUCGGUCAAGCAGCAGCAUUCCAGCAGGUUGGUGCAGCCUAUAAUCAGCAUUUACUCGGUCAAAGACCUCGUCUUCCUGUACUACCUACUCCUGUAAUGCCAGGAGGUGCCCCGGGAUUAAUGCCUGGAAUUAGGCCUCCAGUUUUUCCAAGACCAUUGCCUGGUGCUCCAGGAUAUCUACCUAAUCCUACAAUGCCGCCUAUGAUGGCCCCGCCUGGAGCUCUUAUGCCCGGCCAGGUGAAUGUUCCAUCCAGGCCACCUCCCCCAGCGCCAAUUCCCGGGAGCACACCGCAACUGUCUUCAACCAACGGUGCACCAUUGACUGCUCCGCAAACGUAUCAAGCAAAUCCAGCAGCACCAGGAAGCGGUGGGUAUGAUAGUUUCACCACUAUGGCUCAACCUUCCGAGUCUAACCCUUAAAGCUUCAUAUUGUUGUGCUGUUUGUGUAUGAUAUCCAAAGCUCUUCUAAUUCAAACUGAGACAAUUGUUCUUAAAAUGCCUGAAAAGAAGUUUGGAGCCUGGAGGUUUUAAUGUAGAGAAGUUCUUUUAGUAAGUGAUGAGCAAAGGGAAUUAUUUUGGUGGUU